AUUUAAGAAGGCUUGUACUUCACCAGAAGCCUAGUCGGUUUAGUUUUUAUAUAGGACAUUAACCUAUAUUAUAAAGUGGUUCAAUUGAAAGGAUAAAGGUAACUAACCAUAGAGGUCUCUGUUGGACUAACCACUGGUGUACUUCUUAUCCCUGGACUAUGCCCAAUUUUAUUGAAAUAAUAAACAGAAAACUGUUUGAUCCUCGGUGUGGUGUGGAUCAACCAAAAACCCAAAGUCAAUGCCAGCUGUCAAAGAUCCUGUGUCACAUACACCACCAGAUGGAGGCUGGGGUUGGGCGGUGGUGGCUGGUGCCUUCAUCUCUAUCGGUUUCGCUUUCGCCUUUCCAAAGUGCGUCACUGUAUUCUUCAGAGAUAUUGAAUUGAUCUUUAAUGCCAGCACAAGCCAAGUCUCAUGGAUCUCAUCCAUCAAUGCAUCCUUCAUAUAUGCAGGAGGUCCAAUUAGCAGUAUCCUGGUGAAUAAGUAUGGCAGUCGACCAGUAAUGAUACUAGGUGGUUUUCUCUCGGGAGCUGGACUCAUUGCUGCAUCUUUCUGCAACACAGUGGAGGCUUUGUAUCUCUUUAUAGGUGUGAUAGGAGGUCUGGGACUGGCGUUCAAUCUCAAUCCAGCCCUUAUAAUGAUUAGCAAAUAUUUUUACAAAAGAAGGCCAUUUGCUAAUGGUAUUGCCAUGGCUGGCACCCCAGUAAUUAUGUCAAGUUUAGCUCCUCUGAACAAUUGGUGUUAUGACCAGUUUGGUUGGAGGGGUAGCUUCCUAAUCCUGGGUGGGCUUCUCCUUAACUGUUGUGUAGCUGGAUCUCUCAUGAGGCCUAUUGGGCCAAAAUCCAGACCUGCUGUGAAGGAGCUUAGUGCUAAUGGAGAGAAGAAGACAACAAUGCAGAUUAUCCACAGUUUCAUUGAUCUGUCUCUCUUCAAACAUCGUGGAUUUCUCCUCUACCUCAUAGGCAAUAUUGUGCUGUUUGGUGGUAUUUUUACUCCUCUGGUAUUCCUCAGUAAUUAUGCCAAGACAAAGAAUAUUUCAAAUGAUAAGGCUGCAUCACUGCUUUCAGUACUUGCCUUUGUGGACAUGGUGGUGCGACCAUCCAUGGGAACAGUUGCCAACACCAAAUGGGUGCGACCCAGGAUACAGUAUUUUUUUGCAGCCUCCAUCCUGUUUAAUGGUGUAUGCCACUUGCUUGCCCCCUUUGCAAUGGAUUAUUUAGGAUUUGUGAUCUAUUCAGCUUUCUUUGGGUUUGGGUUUGGGUGGCUGAGUUCUGUGCUGUUUGAGACCCUGAUGGACUUGGUGGGAGCCCAGCGUUUCUCCAGUGCUGUGGGCAUAGUCACCAUCUUGGAGAGUGUACCAGUGUUACUUGCCCCACCCAUGCUAGGAAAAUUUAAUGACAUCUACCAUGACUACAAGUACACUUACAUAUGCUGUGGAAUUAUCCUGUUGGCUUCAAGCAUGUUCCUCUUCAUUGGCAUGGGCAUUAACUAUAGGCUGUUGGAUAAGGAAGCAAAGGAGGAAGCUAGAAAAUCACCCAUCGAAGGAAAAGAGGAAGAAUCCACCAUAGACACUGCAAACUAAGGAAGCACCUAAUGAU